AUGCAUACACAAAGGAGCCUGGCCCGGAUUGGGAUGGCAGCCCAGGCCAUUGCCCGCCCACGACAGCAUCGGUAUCACCACGCGUAUGGCUCUCAGCAGAAGUUCAGGACUUACAGGCUCCUCUUCGCAAUGCUUUCACUCCUAAGAAACCGUCAGCCGGAUGCCCAUCCACCCAAAACUGAGAUGGAAACGCAGGGUUCGCCUCAGAUCAGCGAUGACAAGUUCGUCAUCCUUGUCGGCUUCGAACAGAAAGAGUUUCUGGUAGAUGUCGAAGUAUUGACUCAAGGAAACGACUACUUCGAAAUAAUGUUCAUCAGAACGUUGACUGAGCAAGGUCGAAGAGUGCUGCGUAUGCCUUCCCUGGACACCGAGGUGUUUCAGGCAUACCUGCAAUACGCAUACGGCAGAAGGGUCAUCGUGAUGGACUCAGAAGACGCACGCCAGUCCCGCAGCAAGGCUGAAGAGCAGGUAAAGAUUGCAAACCUGUGGGAUUUCGCAAACAGCAUCACGGAUGUCGCCUUGCAGAACGCAACGACAGACGCAUUUGUUGAUACCCUACAGGCCGCGUCUGUGCCGAUAAGUGUUGCGACCAUACACCAUCUGUGGGAAAUCACGCACAGGCCAAAUCCCUUGUGCCACAUUGUUAUAAACUGGUUCCUCGCCAAGUCGGAUGCAGGGCCAUACCUGGAGAAGUGGCAGCAUAGGCUUCCCUCGGAUUUCUUCGUUGACCUUGCACUGUACUACGCUGAUGCUCCAAUGCCCGAUCGGCCGCUCGAACCGUACGAAUACGACCGAUGUAGAUUUCACCUCCAUACUGAUGCUGUGCCGCCGUGUGCAUCUGUCCCGCAACGAUUACAACUCACGCAGGAGAAUCUAGGCGAGGAGCUCGAGGAUAAAAGACGAUCGUCCUCAGACAGCGUCACUUUCGGCCGCGGCACUCGGUCUGAGAUCGAAGCUGCGAGGCUAUUUGGAUAA